AUGUCUUCUCCUUUUUCGAGUGUUGCAUAUGACGCAGUCUUGAAUGCUCCGAUUCUCGGCACGAACCGUGCCCCAUCCGAUCUUGACGCAUGGUAUGCGCAGAAUCUCCUUACAACACUUGGACCUAUGCUGGAUGGCCUUUGCAAGCCGAAGGACUGUGGUCAUGGUACAAGCCACGCAGAACCUAACCUAAAAGGAAAACGACGCGAGUUUGCAGAACUGGUGGGAAACCUGCGAGCUCUGCUUUCGCCUGCGAGGAGGUUGCCACCGGAGGUUAUUGCAAUAAUUUUCACACAUUGUAUCCUCCACGAUGAACCAUUGUCACCGGUUUCUUCACAGCCACCACUUAUACUUGGUCGGGUCUGUAAGGUUUGGAGGGAGGUAGUCCUCUCAACCCGUGGCGCGUGGACCUCGCUGGCUAUUCGAUUCCCUCCUUCUGUGGUAUCAUGGGAUAUAUUUGUUGAGAAAAACCUAUUUAUCUUAGAGACGUGGCUACAGCGCUCGGGCUCCCUACCGAUGUCACUAGCUCUGGUUAGCCACGGACAUUUACCCUCUUCUACCAUCGAUCGAUUCACUCGCAUGUUGUGUCUCCACUCCCAUCGUUGGAGGAGCCUAAACCUAUUUAUGGCCUCAGACGACCUUACCUCUCUGCUCGAAGUCGCUCGCUAUAGUCUCCCAGCGUUAGAGAACGUUAUAGCACAUGAUAGCGACGAAAUUGUCACUCCUGGCGGCCUGAACCUGCGUUUGCACUCGACUCCCAAUCUAACUACAGUCUCUUUCACUGCUUACCCACUACGCCCCGGUCAAAUUGUCCUUAAUUGGGCACAGUUGACUGAACUCUCCUUGCUAUAUGACGCCAGGCAUAGGCGGUAUAGGGCAUGCACCAAUUAUCAUCACAUCCUAGCCCAAUGUCUCAAUCUCGAGAUAUGCUCGUUGGGUAUUGGGGAUGCUUCCAGCCCUGGCAUGCCUAGUACGAUCCUGCUACAUCGCCUGAGAAUCCUCAGACUUCGUCGUUUGGAACCAAGAUCUCGGCUGAGUGGGCUCAUUGAUGCUCUCACUCUCCCUCAAUUAGAAGAGCUGGAGUAUGAUUCUACAAUUAUGACCACAGCUCUGCCUUGGUGGAGAGACAAGCCGUUUCCAGGACAGGUUUACGCUCUCCUUUCACGUUCAGAGUGCAAACUUAAAACAUUGUGCAUCAAGUAUGUUGAUUUCUCGGGGGCAGAACUUUUACAGUGCCUUGUAAACAUGCCGUAUCUGAAGACGCUUUGGUACACACCAUUUCCUCAUCUGCGAUCGAUAUCAAAAGUGGUCAAUGCGUUGGCUAAACACGAUUAUGCCAACCAUAACUCCUCUAUGUGGUUGCCUAAUCUCAAUCAGCUUCAUCUCGCCUGCACGUCUUUGAACGACUUCGACUCCGUCGUCAACAUGGUUAAACUGCGAUCGGGAGAAGCUAGUUUGGCUCGCCUGCGGCAAUUUGAGCUGUCCUUUUUUGAUUUCGAAAAGCCCGAACCUAGACAUGAGCGAGAAGAGAUCAAGUUGGCAGAAGUACGGUCUCAUCUAUGGGAGUGUGCACAGCACGAUAGGGAGCUUUUUACAAGACUCAAUAUCAACGUUGCUGCGAACAUCAAUCAUGUCAAUUUGAUAUAGGAUGGUACAC